AAUAGAAGCUCCAAAAACCACAACCUCCACAAUGCUAUAAAAGUCUCUGGAUUCGUAAUUUGGUUUUUUCUCAUCUUUCUUUCCAAACCCUAAUUCUCGAAGUUCAUCAGUCUCUUUCUCUCUCUCUACAAUCACAGUCUAAGAAGAAGAAGAAGAAGAAGAAGAAGAAGACUUUCCCUCUCUACAUCUGUAUUCACAGUUUAAGAAGAAGAAGAAAAGACUAAAUCGAUCGAUCAAUCGAUCUAACUAUAGUGGGUGAGAACAUGGUAGCCGAUACAGGGGUAUUAUUGCGUCAACAGAGCGUCUCUGUUCUCGAUCUCGAUGUUCAGAACUUCUUGGACGUCUCUUCCGCUACACCGCCGCUGAAGCCGUCUUCGGAGUCUGUCUCGGUCGAAAUCUCAUGCUUUGAAUCGGUUGUGAGUUGCAAAAAUGGUAUUCAGACAACUGUUAUUGAGUCUUCUUCUGCCUCAAAGUUUGUUCCAAGCAUUCGCUCCGGCAGCCACACAGACAUUGGAUAUCGGAAAAUCAAUGAAGAUGAACACAUUUGCAUCGAUGAUCUAUCUGCACACUUGGGUUAUCUGUUCGGGUGCCGUUUGUCAAGUGCCUUCUAUGCUGUAUUUGAUGGACAUGGAGGCUCCAAUGCGGCAGCAGUUUUUGUCAAAGAGAAUGCUAUGAAGUUAUUCUUUGAAGAUGCCAACUUGCCACAAACAUCUGAAAUUGAUGAUUUGUUCUUGGAACAGUUGGAGAGUUGUCAUCGCAAAGCAUUUCUACUGGCUGACCAAGCAUUGGCUGGAGAAUGUAGUAGUGUUCCUGUUUAUUGUGGAACAACAGCAAUAACUGCCCUAAUACUUGGCAGACAUCUAAUGGUAGCCAAUGCUGGUGACUGUCGUGCUGUUCUUUGCAGGAAAGGAGUUGCGGUGCAGAUGUCCCAUGAUCACAGACCUAGUUAUCCGCCAGAACGCAAGAGGGUGGAGGAGUUGGGUGGUUACAUUAAGUAUGACUGCCUUAAUGGUGAUCUGGCAGUGACCCGUGCCCUUGGAGACUGGUACAUGAAACGUCCUUUAGGGUCUGCGUCACCUCUAACUGCUGAGCCAGAAGUUCAGCAAAGGAUGUUAACAGAGGAUGAUGAAUUCUUGAUUGUUGCUUGUGAUGGGAUCUGGGACGUUAUGUCAAACGAUGAAGCAGUCAACUUGGUUCGCCUUGCACUAGAGUGCCAUGAUGAUCCGAAGCGGUGUGCCAAAAAACUUGUGAAUGAAGCACUACGACGCAGUAAAGAUGACAAUCUCACUGCUAUCGUGGUGUGCUUCACUCCUCCCAUUUGCCAACCUCAACGACCAAGGUUGAGGUGCUGCAGCCUGUCAGAGGAGGGCAUGAAUCGGUUGAGGACCUUCCUUGAAGGCAACUGAAUUGAAUGUAAACAAAAACCAUUUUCUGGCACAAAAACUGCAUAAUGAAGAGUGUAAUUCUGAUUUUUCGCUGAUAUUUCUUCUUGUAGAAGAGAUUGUUAAUCUGUUUUGAGGUUGCUUCAGAUGUGUUUUAGAAAAAGCAGCCAGCAAUUUUUCAGGGGUAGAGCAAGUAUCUUACUUAUGGUAGUUUGUGUAACUACAUGGGACAAAUCUUAUGUCAAUUCUAAAAUUUGAUGGGGUCCAUUGUGGUGAAUAAUUUGGUUCACUUGUUUAUAUAAUUUGAGCUGUGAAUUUGAUUCUGAAA